AUGCGCUGUAAUGAGCGCAGAGACGCACAUGGGACGGUGGGGGAGUGUCUGCGCGCGCGGGGAGACCAGAGCGAGUACUCCGCUUCUUGGAGCAGAUGUUUUCAUUCACAACUCAUCGGUCGCGAGAGGAGGACGCUACGGACUCCUAGAGACAACUGCGUGCCUCCAGCUAACUGCUUAUUUGAUUUGCACCAUGUCGUUACGCGGAGUCGGAGUUCACCGGAGCACGAGGAUGUUCAGGACAAGAUCAACAGCGCGCGGUGUACGUCCAGGUGUCUCACGCUACACAUGACGCAGCUCACGGUCGCCUUCAGACACGUACAGAGUGACCAUGUUCUGGACUGGUGUGAAAAGCACAGACGCUGCGCUCAGUGCCUCCAGCCAUGCAAGGAAUUAUGGGAAACCAGGAAAGUGCUGUCUGCAAAGUCCUGUGAGAAGCAGACAGAAUGCGUGACCAGCCGUGAGUUUGUGGUCUCCCUUCGUAGUUCUCGCCAGGGGGAUUGUCCGGCUCCUCAGAAGGCCUCAGGCUUCGCAGCAGCGUGUGUGGAGAGCUGCUCCUCUGACCUGCACUGCCCCGUCCCCAGGAAGUGCUGCUCCAACGGCUGUGGCCACACCUGCCAGCUCCCUGCCAAUCUCUACAAGGGUGUCCCUCUGAAGCCACGCAGAGAGAUGAGCUUCGUGGAGGAUUUGGAGGGCCGGGUCAGGGUGAUCUGGGUGUCAAAGUUCAACGUGAGUGUGGAGCCUGUGGUCUACGUCCUUCAGUCCCGAUGGAACCCCGGGAUCCACCCCAGCGAAGACCACGCCUCUCCGUGGACCACCGUCACCAUGACCCUCUCAGAGGACGUGCUUGUGUCUGACCUCAGGUCUCAGCGCUGGUACCAGUUCAGAGUGGCAGCUGUGAACAGCCAGGGCAGCCGAGGAUUCACCACCCCCAGCAAACACUACAUCUCCAACAGAGACCCGUCUCCUCCUGAACCUCCUCAGAACAUCCGAGUGGAGAACCAGACUCUGGAGUGGAGCAGCUCUCCAGCUCUUUCACAGUUCACAGAGAGCAGAGGCAGCGUGGCCGCGGUGGAGGUACUUCUACGCUGGGAUGUUCCGAGAGAAGGGGACCUGCCUGUGCACAAUUACAGAGUGACCUAUACCCCCCAGCUGCCGCAGGGGGCGCUCCGGAGCUCACACCCUGGACACAGUAACACACGGCCACAGUCCAGAUCCCAGGAGCAGAGUCGGAGGGACAGCACCACCAGAGUCACACAGGGGGCGCAGUGUGAGAUGUGGCUCCAGGGACUGCAGCCUGACACAGCUUAUGUCGUGACAGUGCAGACGGUGGCCUACUGGGGUCAAAAGAGGCUGAAGAGUCUCAAAGCGCAUGCUGUGUUCACUACCAUCGCUCACACAGCAGAGGACUUCUCCAACGAGCUCCCAUCUUCCUCCUCUUCUUCCUCUCCUGGCUCCUCUGACCUCAUCCCCUCUCGUCCUCACAACUCGGACUCCUCCUUUAACCCUUCGUCGGCCGGAGCGCUGCGUCUGGAGGUGGCGGCUCCUCAUUACCAUGACGACCAGCUGCAAGUCAAGGUCUUCUGGAAGUGGCCUUAUCACACCAAACAGAGACACCAAGGCCCAUACAUCCUGCGCUGGCUCCCACAUACCUGCUCCCACAACGCCACCAGUGAGGAGAGGACCGCUACUGUGAAGGGCACAUCCGACCCGGCUUCAGAGGCGGUUGCCUGGGUUACGACCCCGAGCUGCUCCUCCAUCAGGCUCCGGGGAGGGAAGAGUCUGGCCUGCAACACAGAAGAGCACCCUCUGGCGGUCAGAAAGGUGGUACUGCGCCCUGAGCGUCUCACUGCUGAAUUCCAACAAGUGAACGGGACCCUGCUCACUACGUUCAGAUGGAGGAUGUCCCAGCACGGUCUGGCGCCCUCUGCUGUCGAGGGCUUUCAGUUCACGUGGACGCUACAAUCACAGGUCACGUCCACAUCCAGAGAAGACGCACUCAUCUCCCAAACGCAGACGAUCGCUCCGUUUCAAAGAUCAGUAAUGGUCUCAAGACUUCAACCUGACAGCGACUACCAACUGCAACUCCAGGUGUUAACAGCAGGGGGCAGUACCGGCGCAGCAGUCUCCAAAACCAUCCACACUCCAGCCAUGCAAGCCUUACUUUGAUAGAUUUAAAGACCUCAGCUGACCAAGUCUACUGCAUCACUGUCCCCUUCAAAACCCAAGUGAAGCUCAUUUUCUUACAUAAAAGAGAAGAGGAUUUUUGAUUGUAUUGUUGUUGUUUUUUUCCAUUGACUCUAAUGCUUUUGAAUGUUAUUUCCUCAACUCCAAACGUCACAAUUUCCAUGGACCCAACCCAACCCUAACAUUCGCAACAAACAUCUAUCCAUGAGUUUUAGAGUGGUGAAAAUUUAGCACCGUUGAUUAACAAUUCAAAACAAAAAAAUAUUAUAUCUUUCCAAUAGUAAAAAGUACUCAAAAUGGCAUCUAUAAACAAGAAACUAAGACCAUGAAUACUGGUUGGUUUAAAUGUAAAUACGCUUGUGUCAUUUUAACAUGAAACUGAAUGAAAAUGUAUGUAUUUUUAUUUUUUCACUGGUUCAAAAAUAGAAUGUCAUUAUAUAGGUUUAUAGAUCUGUUGUAAAUGCCAGAAAGUUAAGUCCAAUGUUUCCUGUAUAAACACAUGCAUGCCUAAUGGAGGAAAAUAAUAGGCUAAUUGAGCACUGACUUUGUACAAAAUGUAUAAUAGGUAUAACUUCCAAUUUAGCUAGCUCAUGUGUAGAAUGCUUUUUUUGUUUGUUUGUUUUUAUUUCUUCAUUUGUCCAAGAUUAAAUGCAUUAGUUUAAAUCUGUUACACAAAUGUGACAAUUAAUGAGAUAUAUACCUGUGGUUCUGAUCGGAACAACCUUCAUUGAAUCUUUAAUUUUUAGUUAUUAUUCUUUUGUACUUUAACCAAUAAUGUUUCACUGGUAGAUUUAUUUAUUGUUCUAUGAUAUGUUGUUUUG